ACUGCUGUUAACCUCACUGAAGCACACGCUUAUUACAUUGAACUUCUUUUCUUCUCAAAUAAUACGUCUCGGUUUUACACGCUUCGGAUCAAGGAUCCUGGCCACGACAAACCCCACAAAAUAGACAACUCAUAUCUUGUCCUCUACAGGAAAGGUGUGUAUGCAUUGCUUCUUGUUUAAGUAAGAGCUCGGUUACAACGAUUGACCCAGCAUGUUGAGUUAACUUUUGUCCGACACUGUUGGUUCCCCUGGUGUUUAAACCUGAUCUCCCUUAGACGGUGGUAAAUCUUGUGCUGUCAAGACUAGUACUCCUUGCGCCAUGGACAACUCCGUUCCAGUCCAGUAUAUUCCCCCAACUCAGCAAUCCUGUAGCCAGGGAGUUGCAUUGUUGAAUUGCCGUUCAAUCAAUGCAACGACACCAACUUUUACCUGCGUGCUCCUUUUCGCUUGUUAAGUUCAAACAUUUUCAGACUCUGAAGAGACCCACACCUUAAAGAUUUUCCUCAGUCAUGUUCUGUGUUUUAUUUAGAUGGAAAUUACAGUAUUCCGCAUCCUGGCGAAUGGGAUUCGUGGUCACCUUGCAGCGUGUCUUGUGGCCCACAAGAAGGAGUACAAGUCCGUAAUCGUUCGUGCGCCAAAAAUCCUACGUUGUUUAACAUAACAGAUGGCUUCGAGUCACGAGCUUGUAAUGUCGAAGCCGUACCCUGUAUAAUAGGUGAUUGAAAACUGAUGGCAAUUUUGAAUAAGCUUAAUGCACAAAUAAUGUAAGCAACCGAUAUAGUAUGAAAACUAAGCGAUUAUCAAUGGGUAAUUAGUAGAAUAAAGCUCCGGUCAAAUAAUCACAACAAACAAAAAUAUAGUUUUAUUAAUUGUCUUAUGUUUUGACAAUCGUCUUUUUCCCAAUAUCUUAACUAUUAACCUUCCAGACAUUAAAAAGGUAUCGUGUUUGAUUAAAAGUUAGCGCGCUAUAGUGUCUCGAGCGCAGAAUUUUCUUUGACUUAAAAUUUAAAUGAAAUGCUUUGUUCUUAACAGGUUCUACCUUGAUUAACGCACAAGCUUCCAGCUCCACUUCCAUUAUAGUCAGUUGGAACUCGGGUCAUUUUAGUAUCGACAACAGAGCUGUGGUUGGGUACAGGGUUCUCUAUGUUGACGACGCUGAGACUCAGCCAAAGCUGAAUGUCUCAGUAGGAGCCAACAUCUCGUCAAUAGAAUUGACGGGCUUGAUGGUCAACACAAAUUACUGCAUUCAAGUUCUAGCUUUUAGCAGUCAGGGAGAUGGAAAUGCGAGCGACUGUUUGUUUACCUCAACUGGAUUGAAUGGUACGUAGAAGGGCUAUAAUAUUGCCAAUUCCAAACGAAUGCUGGCUAUAUACCUGCUAAGCAUGCGUAAUGGCAGCCCGGAGAUUACGAUUUCGGGCCAUUUUUGCCGCCUGCAAAUAGUGUUGAGACUGCAGUUUUCUCAAUAUGAAUUAUAAUAUGAUCUCCUUUUAAAUAGGAUGUAAUGGUUCCAUUAUCAUGCUAAACAAUGACAGUGUAACUGGCUUUCACAUACUUUCCAAUGGUUCUCGUCUGCAUGGUAACUCUAUAACCGAGGAAUCAUUUACAGAUGAUAAUUUCACAAUAUGGUGUUUUAACGACUCACUGACGUCCUAUCUGGAAAUUAACUUAUCAACACUGCACCGAAUAUGUGCGAUUGAAACAAAAGGCUUACAAGCUUCCAGAAACGAAGUCAGGUACAUUUCUUCAUAUCGUGUUGAAAAUUCAACUGAUGGCAGAGAGUGGACCUUUUAUAAUCAAACGGAAAACGUAACGGUAAGCUGUGCUAGAUUUCAUUGUAAUAUAAGUUUUGAUGAUGAGGACCAUUACCGAUGUGUCGGUGUAACGAUGCUAUGAUCUCUUGACACUAUGUGCAUUCCAUAUGGAUGAUCCGCAUCCGGAUCAGUGAUGCGAGAUUACUCUUUUUUAUAGCCGCACAUCAAAGGAACCAACGAAUCCACUCUGGGAAAGGAUUCAUCGGUUCAAUUGAUGUAGCAUGAUUUUAGUGAUCUCUGAUCACUAGUCAUGAUCCGGGUCAUCCCAAAGGAAUGCACAGGGUUGUGUUUACUGGGGUCUGCCGUUUCGGUCGCCUGGGCGGUUUGGGUGACAUUCAUUCUUCAGGGAAAUGAUGAUUAAAAAGGCGUUUGUUCACAAAUAACUUUUUUUCCAGGUGUUUGAGGGAAGUGCAUAUGAUGCCCCACUACUCAGCAAGAAAAAUUAUCUGACAAAUGAUGAACUUCUGGCAUCACUUAUUCGUAUUUGGCCUGUGCAGUCAAUUGGAAACUGCACGCAACUAAAACUUUACGGAGGUCAAGGGUCAGGUCAAGGUUCAGGUGAAGGACAGAGUCGUAAGUUAAAUGGAAGUUAGGGUUAAAUCUAAGCUAUAAGUUGUCAAGCGCAUUUUUAAUAAGUUCCGUGAACGAGUUUUGUCCAUUUUUUAACCAACAAUUUUGCAAAAAUCUUGCGAAACAACUGGAAGGGACAACUUGGUGAGCCGUCAUCGCAUACACUUUCUUCUAGUUUUGGGUGUUUAAUUAGUGAUUCCUCCCUCUUAAUAUUUUUGCUUUGCAUUUUUAAAAUUGUUUUAGUUUUUAGCCUUUUUCAAACGUAUCCAAUAUGUUAGUGCUUUAGUUCUUUAGAUGCAUGUUUAAUCAAUUUGAGAUCCGUUUUCAUGGUGGUGGGUAGUAUGUUUUUAAUGGCUGAAGUUACAUCAGAUCUGAUACAUCAGUUCACCCUGUCCGCAGAGCUUUUCGUUGCUGGCUCGAUUGUGGCUUACUCGCUAAAGACUCUGCAUAAAUCGAGUAACAUUUUUGUUGAGCAUGCGCGGCAUGUUGCCAAGGUAAUAGUUGCGAAUCCAGACCUAAUAUCCGUGCGCCUACUAUAGCGGGCUCGGUUGUGACUAUCGGUUUAUCAGUAAACGCAAACUCUCACUCGAAAAAGAUUGACAAGAUUGACAAGUCCAGAGGGUCGGGCUGCGGCGACCUCAAAGGUUUGACGUAAUUCCGGCAGGGGCUCCUAUACUCCUCUUCAGUGAAGAAGGAAAGAAAAAAGGCUCUGCUUACGGGGUAAGAUCAGUUUGAAUGUUGAAACGGAUCCAAAAAGAAAGAAAUCUCUCAAAGAAUACGUGGAGGAGAACUACAGUUGAAGAUCUCCUAACAGACAGUCUCUUACGGCCGCCUCCCUCAGCCUUUUCUUAAUUCCCAUACGAACUCUGUAUUUUUACAUUCCUGUAUGGGGCCAACUCCAGUCACAGAGACCUUUUUCGCUCUCCGAGGGUGUCCGUUCUCGAGAGCUUCCAGUGUACUUUAAUCCUGGAGCAACGAAGCUCUCAGACACCUAUAUUUUGAUUGGACUUCUUAACAGUCGCUAUUGUGUUUAAGCGUAAAUACGUUUUUUGGGUCAAUAAUGUAUUUUUUCGGUAGAAAAUCAAACAACUCCUUCUGAGAGCUUCUUUGUAUCCCAUCCACUUUCCGGCAUCUUAAUAAGUCUUUGUUCAGUUAAUAAGCCUUUAGUUACAAAGAGGACAACUUCCAUGAUUUACACGUCUCAUUUGCGGGUGGUUGUUUGUGUUUUUGUCUUGUUCAGCACCAAGCUUUGAUAUCUAUGAAUGGACUCUUCAGGUGUUCAACAGCAGCUCAACCUCGUUAAACAUAAGUUGGAGUGUAAAUACGUCCCAUCCAGUCAGCCGAUACCUAAUCAGACUGACAAACCGCGAUAGUGUCACGAGCGCAGUAAGCAUCGUCGACCCAGACAAGAAAACAACAGAAGUACACGGAUUAUUUAGAUACUCAAAUUACUGCGUCAGGGUUACCGUUAUAUCUGAACAUGGGCUUCGAAAAAAAACUGACGCGGUCUGUGCCUCCACGGCGAUUGAUAGUUAGUACAAGUUUAAAUAAGUCUGACUGGUGUGAUAGAUAACCUUCAAAUCAGUAUUUUCUAAGGAUUUGUUCUAACUCCAUCAGUUAAAAAAGGGUCACACGACCUUUUGUAAGUGUGUUUCGCAAGAUCGUCAGGAUCGGGCGUUUGCGGGAACGGGCGGCCAUCUUGGUUUCAUAUGUACGGAAGGGGUGGCUGCGGGGGCUUAUAGCGAUGGGGGAAGUGAGGCCUUCUCCCAAACCUUCCCCCACCCCCUCAGUAGAAUCGAAACAUUUGUGACCACGAUGAUCGCCCGCGACACAAAGCACGCGAUUUCGACGCUCUUACGGAAAAAUAGGGGACUGUGAUUAGUCUACACAGUCCUAAGCUGAUGAGGUUGUUCUGAAGGAUGAUUUGCAACAUACUACACAUGACCUAAAGUUUUAGAUCGGUUUCUUUGCACAUACCCUGCGCGUGCCAAGGAUGUCUAGGGAGGACAGUCUAUUACCAUGUUGGUGUUUGGGACAUCAACAUCUGAAAAUCUUUGGGCAGAAACAUGUGUCUGUUUUAAAUUGUAGGGGUCUUCUGUUGCAAUUGUCUCAACCCCAACAGGCUUAAACGAUUAGUGAUAAAAUAUAUGAACAGGAAGGCUAAAACUGGGGAUGUAAUUCCAGUUUAAAAUAAUGUUACUCUAACAAAAAAAAAAACAACAGCAACAAAAACAACAACAGAAAAAUGCAUUAACACGGAUCCAAAGGUAGUCUACUCUUACAGAGUAGACUACCUUUAUUAUAUUCAAUCUAUCAUCAAUUAUUAUAUAACUAUUCUCUUCAGGAGCCCCACAAAAAGGCAUCAUUUUACAGUUUUUUAAUAAAGCUGCGUAAACGUUCUUUGUUAUUAAUAACCAAUUGGCAUCAACGUGUCAAAAAAUGAUAAAUUCUAAUUUUCAAUGUUAUUUCCAAACAGUAGUUUAAUGAUUUAUAUGUAUUAAAAAAGAUACAGGAGGGACACUUUCCUGAAGAAAUGUUCCCUUUCUUUCAACAGUCCUUUCCUUGAAUCUCCACAAAGCAAGCUCCUUUCUAUAUCUGUGAUAGAUACUACUCCCAAUCGGUCCCUUAAACGUGUCCUACUAAAUUAUAAAAAAAGCGAAGAAAAACGCUACCGGUUGUUUUGCUGUUGUUAUUGUUGUUUUUAUUUAUGUUAUUAUUUAUGUUAUGUUAUUAUUUAUAUUUUUUUCGGUUGACGCUGGGAUAGAAUAAUAAGAGUAACCUAUUUAAGUCCAAAAAUUCAAAAUGGUGGGUUUACUUGCACCAUCUUUCCUACCUACUUUUAACCUAUUUUCGCUUGCUAGUGUGAAUGUAGAAUUUUCACUUUAUCUUAAAGAAAUUGUCCAACUACAGUGGAGGUUUCCUUUAUAAGUAUGAACACAUCUUUGCAUAACUUCAACUAUCCCUUAGCUUUUUUUCUUUUGUAUUUUUCUUUGAUAGCUCCAAACGAUCCUCCGGAAAAUCUCACUGUGCAAGAUAGCAGUUAUACUUGGUUACUGAUAAGCUGGAAUCAUUCGAGGCCAUAUUUUGCUCCUAAUGAAGUUGAAGGAUUCCUUAUAAACGUAAACGAGAAUGGAGGAUUAUCUAACAGUAUUCUGUCAGUGCAAGAUGUACCGGAAGAGAAAAAUAUUUCAGGAUUGAAAGAAAAUACAGAAUACUGCAUAAAGGUGAAAGCUGUAACAACUCAUGGAUUGGGUGAAGAGAGCGAUGAACUCUGUGCCUUCACGGACCAAGAAGACGGUAGGAGAAAGGAUCCUGGCCAAAUAUAAAACAAGUGAUUUAAAUCAUGACGUCACUUAGCCAUGGCUGUUCACACUAACACCACACUGAUUACGGGUUCAAACUAACUUACUGUACAAAAUAGUGAAAAUAGAUUUUAAGAUUAUUACUCUUAAGUAUGUUUACCAUACUAUUUUUAUUUAUAUUGGUAAAAAAAUACUUGAUAACCAUUUAAAUUAAUAUUAAUAAUACCCAUAAUAAUAAUACUGAUGAUGAUGAUGAUGAUGAUGAUGAUGAUGAUGAUAAUAAUGGUGCUAAAAAUUUUGUCAAUAAUAACGAAGCCAAUACACCUAGUCAAAUACUUUAAGUCAGUGUUAAUUGAUAAAGUUUUAAUCGGAAGUUGAUAUUAAGAUCAUUUUUAUCAAUGUUACUGUGUUCGAAUAUUAACUAUUUGAGUUUAUGAUAGAUUCAAUUAAUUUCUUGGUACAUGUAGAUAGCUGCCUGGUCCCGGUUGUUCAAAAGUUGGAUAGCGCUAUCCAAUGCAUAAGUAUUACAAUAACUAAUUGUGUUAUCGACUGGGUAGUUAUUUAUCCAGUGGAUAGCGCUAUCCACCUUUUGAACAAAUGGGGCCCGAUAUUUAGGAUUUUCCGAUUAAAGGCUUGUUUCUUUUUCAGCUAUCACCAUUAUCGCCACCUCUUCAAGUGAGUCACCUGCACUGGUAUCUGCCACUCAUACAGUCGUCGACCUUUCAACUUUGUUAACCAUGCCACAAGCAGCCCCGGUGAUGACUAUCGACCCUAGCCUGUUGACUGCCACGCUGUCGCUAUCUUCUGCAAUGAAUGGAGCUCUCAAGGGCACUUUAUCCUUAGCAGUUUCCUCCACUCCUGCACUAGUCUUCCACCGGUUAACAUCAUCGAAUGCGACCCAAGCAACCCCGAAAAUGACUUACGAUCCUGGCAUGUUAACUGCCUCGCUAUCGCUAUCUUCUGCACGGAAAGGAGCGAUCAAGAGCAGAACAUCUAUAUUAGUUCUCUCCACUCCUGCACUACUUUUGUACCCGUUACCAUCAUCAACAGCAAGACAAGCAACCCCGACAAUGACUUACGAUCCUAGCUUCUUUACCGCCUCGUUAUUUUCUACACUGAACGGAGCGACAAGGACCACAAUAUCCACAACAAUUCUCUCUCCGCCUGCACCUGUCACUACCAAUCCGGUAUCAGUAACCACAAUAAUUACGCCAUUAGUUCUUUCAGUAUCUGUGCAAGGAGCUAAUGACCAAGGGAGCUCAGUGAUAACUUCAGGUAAUCACUUUCAUUGAGACGGCACGUAAGCCGGAACAUAACAAACGUAUGAAGUGGAUAUGCACCCUUUUCCAGCGUAAUGGACUUUUCUGGAUGCACCUCAUAUAGCUAUAAAGAAAUAAAUAAGGAACAACAACAAUAAUAACAAAAUGGUGGGUUCUUGGACCAUAUCAUCCUUGAAAUUUACGCCAAUAAAGGCAGUUAAAAAAGGAUUCCCGAAUAACCACGAAAAAAAAAACAAAAACAAAAUGCUUUACUCUUUUGCGGUUGUGUUUUUCCCCUACUUGUGACGCUGAUCCUCAUAUUUUCCAGUUUUUCAUCUUAAUCCUGGCCUCUUGUCUAUCUAGAGGGGCAGAAACGGCCUGCUCUCUGGAAAAAAAGGCUGUCUUUCUAGAUUAUUUGCGCGGUAUUCUGAGACUUGUACCUCUCCUGAGCUCUACUAAAACCUUGUUGGGAUGGCUACAGUCAUUGGCUUUUGGCUUUUGGCUUUUGUAAAGUGUAAUGUAUAUAACUUUUCUUGUAAUAAUUCUAAGUGUCUGAGUCAAUGAAAGGUUGUUGUUCUUGUUGUUGUUGCAGUUUUUUUCGCUCGACCUUUGCCUAAGAUUUAUUAUCUUUCAUUGAUGUUUUGUUAAUGAAAUUUUCAUUUCCAUCAAAUGAAGUUUAUGCUUAACUGGGAAAAAGCUUCCGAAAUGCCUUGUUCUUGUGCUUCCCGUUUUGAGAAAACGGAACGACUUUGUUUUUAUGUAUAUCGGGGCGAUGAAAUUCUUGUCCGUUAAGGUGAGAAUAAAUCAAUUUCUCCACGGUGCGAACCAACCUUCACUCGACGUCCUGAGUGAGUGUAAAGAAUUUUUCACAAUGUCUUUCCCCCUUACUUGUAAAUUAGUAAAUAAUCUUAGUGUCUUGUCUACCUGGAGGGUCAGAAAAGGGCUGUUCCCUGAGAAACGUGGUUGCCUCUCCUCUGAGACUUUUGCCCCUCGUGAGCUCUACUAACACCUUGAUGGAGUUGCUACAGUCAAUGUCUGGUUUUCUCGCCCGACCUUUAGUCAAAAUUUGUUAUUUUUCAUUCAUGUUUUGUCCAUAAAAAGUUCAUCUGUUAAAUAAACUUAAAGCUCACACGAUAACUUUCUCUUUUAAACAGGUCUCGACCAGUCACCGACCAUAAUUACCGCAAAAGCCUCAAGUUCCACGUCUAUCACGGUCAGCUGGAACCUAAUUCCUCCUGGCGACGAGAACGAGGCUUUGAUUGGCUACAGGGUUCUGUAUGUUGACGAAGCUGAAACGCAGCCAAAGCUGAAUGUCUCAGUAGGAGCCAACAUCUCGUCAACAGAAUUGACGGGCUUGUUGGUAUACACAAAUUACUGCAUUCAAGUUUUAGCGUUUAACAGCCAGCAAGAUGGUAAUGCUAGUGACUGUGUGUUUGCGUUAACUGAUGAAGAUGGUAAGAACAAAAAAAGCCCAGAGGAAUCCUAUGUCAGGGAAGCUAUUUAUCCAGGGAAGAUCCUGAAUUAUCGGGAAUCAAAAUGCGUCAGUACCGCACAGUAUGAUUAAAAAAAAGAGCAGGACAAAAAUCCCUGGCAGGACUACGAGCGAUUGUCAAACACAGAAGAACAUCAACUUUCAAUGUCCGCAUUUAACGUUGAGCCCCAACUAGGACUUAAUAGGAGCCGAUUUCAGAAAUGCCUCAUAUUAUUUUAGAUAAUUGAUAUUGACGCCAAGUUAAAAUAGAGACUCUAUUAGCUUACAGGAAGUUAAAUGGGUUAGGAUAGUAACCUAAAGUGCCAUAUGGUAACAUCACAUGCACUGAAUCUGAUGGGUUAUCAACAGUCACGCUUUUAUAAAGGUCCAUUCUCUGUGUACCCUUGCUACAUUUUACUACCAGUAGUUCAUAUCUACUUUGUGCUGCUGCCUUUGAGCAAAGAGCACGCACUCCGCAGCAAAAUCGGCGAAUCAGCCGUUGUGAUAUGUAGGCAAGCGUAAGGAACUGGCCAUACCCAGGGAGUUCGCUAGCAGUGUGUUUCUUGCUGAUUGAAUCCCCUUUUUUGAAGGUGUGCAAGAGAGAUCCCACCACGUAAAUGUGAUGUCACCCUUUUCUCGUCAUGAUAGAAUAAUACAAAGAGUGCACCAAUUUUUCUUAAAAUUAUUUUCAGUUCCAUCUAUGGCUCCCACUAAUCCCUCGGUGUUCAUGUUGAACAACAGUGUAAUGCUGUCCUGGGGCCAGCCGCCCUCUGUUGGUAUAAAUGGAGAGUUGCUGGGCUAUUCAGUACAUAUUCAGGAAUCUAAUACUGUCGUUCUCGUAGGGAAGUGUUACUUAUCCAUGGAGCUUAAGAAGGAGAAUAUCUCUGCUGAAAGUUGUGUUCGAGUAGGUGCUAUAACUAAAGCCGGGUUUGGUGUGCCAACGUCUUGUGUCAAAAUUGACUUGGGUGAGUUCACAACCUUGACUUCGAUACCUUGGUCAUAAGAGAUGUAAAGAUCUUACCCCGUUUUUCAAACAUUGGAUAACUUUAUCCACAUGAUAAAUCACUACUCAAUGUACAAAUAUUAGGGAGGAAACCAAUGGCGUUAUCUACUAGACAGAGAUUUAUCCAGUGGAUAUCAAUUGAUCAAGGCCGAAAAAGUUGGAUAUGAAGCACGGAAAACCAUUUUGCCUGUCUAAAAGAAAGGAAUUUUUCCUUUUCCUUGAAGGCACCAAAUGAAAAAAACAAUAGUGUUUCUGAGUUAUUUAUCCUUCAAAGUCCUAACGAUUGAAAUUUGUCUCCAAAGACUGGAUAAAAAUGAGGUUCGUGAGCUGCCAUCUAGGAUCAUGCAUGACGUCAUUGCGUUCAAAGUCAGUUUUGCCAAAUUUUACUCAAUGUUGUUCCAGAAAUCAUGUAAUCAGAAAUUAAGUUUGAUAACAUUGCCAAUCAUUCAAAAAGGGGUCGGAAUAUAAUUUUAAGAGGUAAGAAAUUGCCACGUAAGGUCUCUUGAAGCUCACGCCAACCUUGAUCAACCUUGAUCAUCUUACUGCCGUUUUGGUUCGCGCGUGACGUCUUUACGUCCAACCUCAGUUUUACCGGACUUGACAUUUUUGAUAAUUGGAUGUGGUUCCAGAAUUAAUGUCACCGGAGAUUAAGUUUGAUAUCAUGACAUUUUUUAGAACAUGCCCUGAAAACAAGUUUUAGUUGUACGAAAUUGUCAUUUAAGGUCCCUUAAGGUCGUCUUACUACAUUUAUAAUUUUAAACCAAGCUAUCGAGUUGACAGAAAGACUCAGUCAAGAUGUAUACUGAGAUCAUAAGGCAAUUUCUUAUUUCCUUGCAGGUUCGGACUUUAAUCUUAUUUCACUAAGUGCAACAAAAAAAAUGAGUUUUUCAGCAAUAAAGGUAACAUGGACACACCCAGCAAAAGAACGUAUGGGCGGACAGUUACUUGGUUAUAUUGUAAGAUACCAAGCAGUCCGUCAGGGAGAUCAACCAAUAUUACAGUUAGAAGCUAGUGCAGCCUCAACCCUUCAUGUAUCUGCUAAUUGCAGCGAAUUCGUGCUCUUGAAUCUUUCCUCGUAUUCGAUGUACAAGAUUGAGGUGGCACCUGUUACAGCAGAGGGAGUCGGGAACUACAGUUAUCCCGUUUAUGGA